AUGAAUCAGACUCUGGUCACUGAGUUCCUCAUUCUUGGAUUCUCGGAAACACCUCACCUGCGACCACUGCUCUUCAUCAGUUUCCUCAGCCUUUAUGCUGCUGCCCUCUUGGGAAACCUGCUCAUCCUGGUGCUCAUCAGUGCCAGCCCAACCCUGCACACUUCCAUGUACUUCUUUCUAGCCAACCUGGCUUCAGUAGACAUUCUCUGCACCUCCACCAUCCUGCCCAAGCUGCUUGGAUGCAUGGUGGCCAGGAGGACCAUCUCCUAUGGGGGCUGUAUGGCCCAGCUUUUCUUCUUCACAUGGUCCAUGGGGGCAGAGCUGCUGCUCUUCUCUGCUAUGGCCUAUGACCGCUAUGUGGCUAUCUGUUGGCCACUGCACUACAGCACACGGAUGGGUGCCCGAGCAUGCAUACUCCUGGCUGCUGGUGUGUGGGCCAUCAGCCUGACCAACACCUGUGUGAACACUGGCCUCACGAUGAACUUGCCAUUCUGUGGCUCCAAUGUGGUUGAGCACUUCUUCUGUGAGAUCCCCCCACUCCUGAAACUCUCCUGUGCUCCCACAAACCUCAAUGAGGCCAUGGCCUUCACUGCAGAUGUGAUCUUGGCUGUGGGAAACUUCUCUGUGACAGUACUCUCCUAUGGCUUCAUUGUCGCUAGCAUCCUGCGUAUCCGCUCAGCAGAGGGCAAGCGGCGAGCCUUCUCCACCUGCUCGGCUCACCUGCUGGUGGUCACCAUGUACUACUCCACUGUCAUCUACACCUACAUCCGUCCUGCAUCCAGCUACUCACUGCACAAGGACAAAGUGGUAUCUGUCAUCUACACCUCUGUGGCACCUACUCUGAAUCCCCUCAUCUACACUCUGAGGAACAAAGAUGUAAAAGUUGCACUCAGGAGACUUCUGUCCUGCAGCUGA